AUGGGAAAAGAAGCAAGACCCAACUGGGACAACCCCUUACAGUUUAUUCUGGCAUGUGUAUCAUAUGCAAUCGGACUGGGAAAUGUGUGGCGUUUUCCAUACCUCUGUCAAAUGCACGGUGGAGGGGGGUUCUUGAUUCCAUAUUUCAUCAUGCUGAUUUUGGAGGGUGUUCCUUUAUUCUACAUGGAGCUUGCCAUUGGUCAGAAGAUGAGUCUAGGCAGCAUUGGGGCAUGGAGUGCCAUCAGCCCUUAUUUGGGAGGAGUAGGUCUGGCUAGUGUUGUGACAUCCCUGUAUCUGUGUCUCUAUUACAACAUCAUCAAUGCAUGGAGUUUCUGGUACCUCUUUCAUUCAUUUCAAUCAGUCCUGCCCUGGGGAGUUUGCCCCAUCAAUUCCAACGGGACAGGACCAAUAGAGGAGUGUAAAACUGCUACACCCACCCAGUACUUCUUCUACAGGGAAACACUGGACAUCUCUUCUUCUAUUGAAGAGCAUGGAGGCAUUAAUAAAGGUCAGGCACUGUGUCUUCUGCUUGCCUGGGUGAUCACCUACCUAUUCAUUGUCCGAGGGGUAAAGUCAACUGGAAAGGUGGUGUACUUCACAUCCAUAUUUCCAUAUGUGGUCCUCUUCAUCUACCUCAUACGGGGCAUCACUCUUCAUGGUGCUAUCAAUGGUGUCAAAUACAUGUUCACACCGAAGCUGGAACAGCUUGCCAACCCUAUUACAUGGAUCAAUGCGGCCACUCAGAUCUUUUUUUCUCUCGGUUUGGGUUUUGGCACACUCAUAGCUUUUGCCAGCUACAACCAGUACAACAACAACUUUGAGCGCCAGGCCAUCAUUGUUUCCCUAAUCAACAGUGGAACCUCCAUCUUUGCCAGCCUUGUCACCUUUUCCAUCUAUGGGUUCAAGGCCACCGUCAACUACGAGAACUGCCUGGAGAGGACACGCUUACUGCUACUGAAUGCCUUUAAUCUAGCAGAGGACAGCAUCACCAUGAACCAUGUCUUCGAUUGGAUCGAGAAGUUGAACACAACAUACCCAGAACAGUUUGCUGAAAUCGCCAACCAACUGGAAGACUGUGACCUGGAGAGUGAACUAGAUACUGCAGUGGAGGGGGCAGGUCUGGCCUUCAUUGUGUACAGUGAGGCCAUUAAGAACAUGCCAUUACCUCAGCUGUGGUCAGUGCUAUACUUCUUCAUGCUGCUGCUGUUGGGAAUGGGCAGCAUGCUGGGCAACGUCACUGCCAUCAUCACUCCGCUACGAGACUUCAAGGUUGUGUCCCACAUGAGCGACGAGUUGCUCAAUGGGUUAGUGUGUUUGCUUUGCCUGCUGCUCGGCCUGGGCUUCACCACCACCUCAGGCAAUUACUGGUUUACCAUGUUCAACGACUAUGGAGCCAAUUUCUCUCUGCUUUUCAUCGUCCUCAUCGAGGUUAUAGCUGUCAGUUACAUCUAUGGAAUUAAAAGAUUUGAAAAAGACAUAGAAGACAUGAUCGGUCAUCGUCCCAACUGGUACUGGAAGAUCAUGUUGGUAGUAAUCAGUCCCCUUCUCCUUAUCGCCCUCUUCAUUUUCUACAUCUACAACUACAUCAUAGGAGGGACACCCACCUACCAGGCAUGGAACAAAGAGCUGGGUAAAUCUGUUGUGACGGACUAUCCUGUCUUUGGUCAACUCUUCAUUGCACUGCUGCUGGUGUCGUCCGUCAGCUGUGUUCCCCUCACAGCUCUGUAUGUCUACUGCAGAAAGAGGAAACAUGGAAACCUUCACAAGAGGCAGCGAACUGUCAGUACAGUAUCUACUUAA